AUGGCCCUCCAAGCGCCGACAGGACUCUCCAACGCCGCCGCCGCUCCCAAGGGGGGGAUAUGCUCUUUGUCUCCGGCGGCCGGCGGGCAGCUGGGGCUGAGGCGGCCGUCGGACCGCUUCGCCCUCCGGUCGGCCUUCUUCACGCCGUCGAUCCACCUCCUGCGCUCGCCUCCUCAGCGGCCGGCCCCCGUCACAGCCCCCAGAUUCACCAUGCGAGUCGCCUCCAAGCAGGCCUACAUUUGCCGCGACUGCGGGUGAGGACUUCGCACCUUCCUCCUUGUCUUCUCUUCAGAAUUCUACUUCUGCUGACGAUGUUUUUGAGUACGAAUUCGUUCAUUUUCCGCUUUGUCGUUGCAGUUAUAUCUACAACGAGAGGACUCCCUUUGAGAAGCUUCCCGACAAGUUCUUCUGCCCCGGUGCGUUUGAUUCCUCUCUUCUUUUCUUCGAUUAAUUUUGAGUACCGCUGUGAGCCAGCCAGGCGCUCGAUCAUUCGCUCGUGCAUCUUCUACAUCAAAUAUGAGAACUCUGAUGAUAUUUCGCUUAGCAUAGUUGGUUCCUUAGCAGUAGCAUUUGGUCAUCCGAACUCAAUUGCGAGAAUCAUGAGGCUUCGAGUAAAUCACCCAUUCGGUCUGCCUGGGAUUUGCCACAGUCUGUGGGGCGCCAAAGCGGAGAUUUAGGGCAUACGAACCUGCAGUCACCAAGGACGCCAAUAGCCUGGAUGUCCGUAAAGCUCGGAAGGCGGAGUUGAAGAGAGACGAAGCCGUCGGGUAAGCAAGCACCCACCAAUAAUGAAUCAGUUUGUCAGAGCAUUCUCAGGAUUUCUGACUUUCUUCUGGAUUCCUGGCUUCCGGUGUUCUUCAGGAAAGCAUUGCCCAUCGCCAUAGCAGUAGGUGCAAUAGCGCUUGCGGGGCUGUACUUCUACCUCAACAAUGCUUUUUAG